ACCAUCAGUGUUGUGCUGAUGUCAGCAGAUAUCGAGGCAGAUAGUAAAGUCAAGUUAUAGAUCUAAAUGGCAGGUAUUCUCUUUGAAGACAUCUUUGACGUCAAGGACAUUGAUCCUGAUGGGAAGAAGUUCGAGAGAGUGUCUCGCCUGUUUUGUGAGAGUGAGAGCUUCAAGAUGGACCUGAUCCUUGAUGUCAACACGCAGCUGUACCCCGUGAGUCUGGGGGACAAGUUUCGUCUCCAGCUGACCACUAGCCUGAGGGAGGACGGGUUGCCUGACGACGGGGACUACCUCACCAUGGAGCAGGACCAUUCUCUGGCUGAUGCCUUUGAGUAUGUCAUGUACGGCAAGAUCUACCGACUGGAGGGCGACGAUGGGCCGGGGGGAUCUGGAAAACUGUCUGCCUACGUGUCUUAUGGUGGCUUGUUGAUGAAACUACAAGGAGAUGCCAACAAUCUGAAUGGGUUCGAAACAGGCACAAACAUUUACUUGCUAAUGAAGAAGCUUGCAUUCUAGUCAUGCAGACUGUGAUUGGUGUGUGUGUAAUCUAACUGCUUUUCUUUCUCAUCUUAUAAAAAUCAUUUCUUUGCUUGCAUGUCUGAUAGCAUGUUUUGUUGAAUGAUGAUCUUAUUCAGAAGAGUUCA